AUGAACGACUCUGCUUAUCGCGUUGAAACCACCUCACGACUCGCCCAAUGGCGGAUCGAUAACUUGGCAGCUUGUACCUACCGCAAAUCCGAUCCUUUCACGGUCGGCAAAUGGAACUGGCAUUUAUCUUUGGAGAAGAAUCGAACCCUUUUCAUUAAACUGUACCCGGAAAUAUCAAAUUCAACGAGAGACAACCCUCCUAUUGCAUCUUUUAUCAUUCGAGUCAUCUCUUUCGUCGGAAACCGCCAGGCUUUGGUUCAUCCAGAAAUCAAAGAUAAGCAGAUCAAGAAUAACGACGAUUUUGUUUGGGCAAUUGAGGUUCCAUUGACUGGGAAAUUCAUCAUCGACCUUGAAUUUCUUGAUCUGAAGACUGCAUCUCCAGAAGGUGGGGAACCUUGCUCCAUCUGGGCUGAAGGGUAUACACAAAAACAAUCGAAUGCAACUGCCCUUGCAUCGCUUAGUCGAAUGUUAUCAGAAGGCAUUCACACAGACAUUGUAAUCAAUGCUUCUAAUGGAAGCAUCGGAGCUCAUCGUGCAAUUCUUGCUGCACGGUCACCUGUUUUCCGCAGCAUGUUUUCACAUGACCUCAAAGAGAAAGAACUGUCUACCAUAAACAUUGCUGACAUGUCAAUCGAGUCUUGCCAAGCUUUUCUCAACUACAUUUAUGGGAACAUACAAAACGAAGACUUUCUUACCCACCGGCUGGCACUUCUCCAAGCUGCUGAUAAGUAUGAUAUCUCUGAUUUGAAAGAGGCAUGUCACGAGAGUCUACUAGAAGACAUUGAUACCAAAAAUGUGCUUGAGAGGCUCCAAAACGCGUCUCUAUACCAAUUGCCGAAUCUGAAAACCAGCUGCAUGCGGUAUCUAGUGAAGUUCGGUAAGAUAUUUGACAUUCGAGAUGAAUUUAAUACCUUUCUGCAAUGUGCAGAUAGAGAACUGAUAGCUGAAAUCUUCCAUGAAGUUCUUGGUACCUGGAAAGGGUUCUGA